AUGGGCAUUUCUGUUCUGAGUCCAGCAAGCGAGAAUGGCAUUAAUAGCAUCGGGUUGAGUUUGAAUCUCGAUAUAGUAGCAAUUCAUGGUCUCAAUGGAGACAAAUUCCGGACAUGGACGGAACCUACAGCAGAGAAACUAUGGCUUCGUGAUUUCCUACCUGAUGAGCUGCCAAGGGCUAGAGUUAUGACUUUUGGAUAUAAUGCUGCGGCUGCGUUUGAGAAUUCUAAGGCAGGAAUUAGAGAACAUGCAAGGCAGUUGCUUAUUUCACUGAUGGAGAAGAGGGAGUGUGAUUCUGCGAUUAAACGACCAUUGAUAUUGCUGGGACACAGCCUCGGUGGAUUAGUUCUCAAACAGGCUCUCGUUAUUGCCCAACACGAACCACUUUAUCGCUCAAUCUAUUCGAGUGUCCGUGGCAUAAUAUUCUUCGGGACCCCCCACCAAGGAAGCAGUAUCGCAAACUAUGCCACCAUACUCGCCCGCGUUCCUUCAAUACUAGCCAAUAAACCACGGCCACAGCUCUUGGAAGCUCUGCGAAAAGAGAGCGGAGAACUUAAAUCCUUGACCGAGAAGUUCAAGAGGCUUUUAGAUACAAACUCUUUCAAUGUAGUGAGCUUCUACGAGACCAGGACCCUGGAUGGUUGGAAGGCGUUGGUCGUUGAAAAGACAUCCGCACUAUUGACGCCUCCGAACGAGACUCCGACCUACGAAGAGCAAAUUCCUGUUGAUGCAACACAUCGAGAAAUCUGCCGCUUCUCGUCUCGAGAAGACGAGACCUAUGUCGCAGCUGUCAGAAGCAUCAAGAGAUUGUAUCUGACAGGUUCUGGUGCCGAUAUUAAAUCCGAGUUUUACCUAGUGCCGAAUUCGGUAAAUCCGCAAUUCACCGGACGGACAGAGAUCUGCGAGAGAUUGAGCGAAUUGGUUGUCACAAGAGAAUACGCGGACUUGCAGCAACGCUUUGUAUUGCAUGGUAUGGGAGGGUCUGGGAAAACGCAAAUAUGUCUGAAGUUUGCAGAAGAUCAUCGUAAAAGAUUCUGGGGUGUAUUCUGGAUAGAUGCAAGCACCAAUGAAACCGCCCAAGCCAGCUUUCUGAUUAUUGCUCGGAAGUGCAAACAAAUAGAGUCCAUCGAGGCAGUCAAAUCUUGGAUCGCAGCACAUUCGAACUGGCUGCUUAUCAUUGACAACGCAGACGACCCUUCCUUGGACUUAAGGUAUUACUUUCCCUCUGGUAAUACUGGGACGAUCAUCAUUACCACCCGAAACCCAGAGCUCCGUAGCGUUGCUUCCGCUGGAUCGUACAUUGUGGAUGAGAUGGAGCACAAAGAUGCCGUAUUACUGCUGCUCAAAAACGUCUCUUCAUCCCAGCCAGAGAUUCAGACCACUAAAACAAGGCAGUCGGCGGGCGAGAUCGUCAAGAUCCUUGGACACUUAGCUCUAGCUAUUAAGCAGGCUGGCGCUGUAAUCAGACAACAGAUCUGUACCCUCGACGACUUCUGUGAGGUCUAUUCCCAGCGCAAGAAAGAUCUAUUGGAACUAGGUCGGUCGAGACCAGGUAUGCAAGAGUACCAGUACUCCGUGUUUACAACCUGGGAGAUUUCCCUUCAAAAGAUCAAAGAGAUGCCACAAACGCACCCAGCUCUUGCGUUGGAGUUGCUACGCCUCUUCUCCUUCAUGCACUUCGAUGGCAUCGAGCCUAGUACUUUCCAGCAGGCCAUAGAUAGUUGUGAGGUCCUCGACAAGGGUAUAUUUACUUCCAGUCUAUUGGUCCAGUUCAUGCCAUCGGGAUGGGACCAGAUCCUCUGGGGCCGAGCGAUCAGCGUCCUUAUAGCAUUCUCGCUAAUAUCCGUCAACGAAUCUGGUUCUAUAUCUCUACAUCCUCUUGUUCACGAUUGGUCACGAGAACGCUUAUCAGAGGAUGAAAGGAAGGCAGCGUGGGAGACUGCUGCCAUGACCCUAGCUGCGUCGAUUACCCGAACAGAGCUUACUUUUGUUGAGUAUCAGCAGAGAAGGAAAGCACUUCCUCAUAUCGAUGCUUUGCUACUUCAUGAUAAUGGGUAUUUGUUUGCCCCCGGUGAUAUGGUUUGCGUCAUGCCACGUUCAAUUGCCGUGGAGAAAUUCAUGAUGGCAUAUGACGAGAGCUCGAGUGAAAAGACCCUCGCACUAGCCCUGAAGAACCUCACUCUCAUCGAACCAAUCCUCUACCCCGACGACCAACACAGAAUAAAUCUCAACCUCCACAUCGCAUCCCAUCUCCACAUGGUCGGCCGAAACAACGAAUCCAUCGCUAUACUCGAAUCCCUCCUCGAAAUAGCCACAACAAACAAAGACACAAAUCUCUUCAUCGUUGUUUCCAGCCGACUAGCAGGAAACUACAUAUUUCAAGAACGAUACACUGACGCAAAAUCCGCAGCGGAGCUUGCUAUAGACAUAUAUACCAAGUACUUAGACAUGACUUCCACAACAGAAAGAUACGACAUCCCAGUCUUUCCCAUCAAAUUCGCCAUUCCUCACAGCCCCAACAGCCCCGCAAACGCCAACGCCAGCGACGAAGACGAUGAUUGCACCCUCCUCUCCCUCUACGAAAUACUCGGCAUCGCAGACACCAAUCUCGGCCAACACACCGCCAGCCUCCUCAGCGCCGAACGGGUUUUCCAAGGGCGUCUCAAAAUCUACGGCGAGAAACACACGCGUACUCAAUGCGCGAUGAUAAAUCUGGCUACUGCGUUGGAGGGCUGUGGGUUAUUUAAGAGGGCGUGGGAUUUGUUUGAGAAAGUGGUGGGGUUGCUGAGGGAGAAUUUGGGAGAUGAGCAUAGGAUUACGAGGUGGGUGGUGAGGCUUGUGGCGUCGUUUUGGGACAGGUGCUGGGAUAGCAGUCGUAGUGGCGGUGGUGGCGCUGGUUCUGUCGGUGGCAAAGAGAGGAGAAGGGUCAGGGCAAUCUUGAAUGGGAAAUGGGGGACGGGGGUGAGGAGAAAGGCGUUUGGGUACGGUGUUUUUGUUCUUGAGGACAUGUGUAAGGAGUUUGGGACUGAGGACAGGAAAACGUUGUUGUAUAUGAGGGGGCUGAGUGGGGCACUUUUUUCAACUGGGGAGGUGGAGCACCAGGAGAGGGGAAUUGAAGUGCAAGAGAGGCUGGUGGAGAUUUUGGCGAGGGCAGUGGAGAUGGGGAAGUGGGAUGACAAAAGGUGGGCGGGUAUACAGAGGAGGGAAUUACGGAGGAUGAAGAAGGUGGCUGUUUUGAGGAGGGUGCUGGGGGUGUGGGUCCCGUGA